CUGACCGCAAUGGACACUGCUUUACCCCCAGUUCUCUCUGCUGACCUAAGGCCGCUCCGUGACUCAUAAACUGGCCUGGCGUGACAAUGCUGCCGAGUGUCACUGCAAACCCAGGCUGGGGUGUGGGAGCCCCUGAAGAGCGGCCAGGGCUCUCCAUGGGUCUGGCUCAGUGGGAGGCACCGGGCAGAGCUCACGGGGUGGAGCAGGAGGGCUGGAGCCCAGAGGCUCCAUCUCAGAGACCCUGGCCUGCCCUGUAGGAAGAGUGGGGCCCCCUGGGGGGCUGGCACUUUGAGGGGGGAGGGAUAGCUCAGAGCUUUAAGCAUUGGCCUGCUAAACCCAGGGUUGUUAGUUCAAUCCUUGAGAGGGCCAUUUGGGGAUUUAGUUGGGGAUUGGUCCUGCUUUGAGCAGGGGGUUGGACUAGAUGACCUCCUGAGGUCCCUUCCAACUCUAAUAAUCUAUGAGGGCUCCUCCAAGGGGCAGCGUAAAAGCUGGGGCCCAGCACCGAUCCUGGGGAACCGGGACAUCCCCGGACUCUGACCCCUGUAUCUUGGCAGGUCUACGGCACGGUGAUGCAUGUGAACCGCGGGAACCCGGCUGGCCAGGAGGUGCUGGUGGAUUCAUGGCCAGAGUUCAAAAUGGUCCUCACCCGGCCACGCAGAGAAUGUCCCCCCUGCAGGUGGCGCGGGACCCAAGUGAUUUUUUCACCAACUUGCACACGGCAUUUUACCGGGACGAGGGCGCCUGCCGGGCCCUGCUGGGGAACAGCCGCGCCAUCGACUGGGACCAGGCCUUCCAGAUACAGGGGCUGCAGGACGGGGUAUACGAGAACAUCAGGGACAUUGCCAGGGCCAGGGGGCUUGAGAUGGAGACGUAUCCGCACCGGCCACUGCUGCACCCAGACCCACCUGCCAUGCCCCAGUACCGGCCUGACAAGGGGCUCAGGCUGGCCCCCGUGUCCCCCGCCCACGCCAUGCUGCUCAGAGACACCUGGUUGUUUGGGGGGAACAGUUGGAGCCUGCGCUACCUGAGCCACCUGAUCCGCCACUUCCCCAACGCCUGCCUGCUGGACCCUGAGGGGACCCCCAUCUCCUGGUCCCUCACCGACCCACUGGCUGCCCUAACACAUGGUUACACCCUCCCGGAGCAUCGUGGCCAGCACCACACGAGGCCCGUGGUGGGGAUGCUGGCAACACAGUUGCAUGCCCGCGGCUUCCCUGUUUACACCCGGGUGCUGCCUCACAACGAGCCUUCGCUGCACGCCCUGCAACGCCUCGGCUUCCGCAUCCUGCCUGGGGUGUUCUACCUGCUGGUGGUGAGGCCCGGGUUCGCCCAGUCCCAGCCAGCCAGUGCCCUGGACUCGGCCCAGGACCCUGCGCCCAGCUCUGGGGAAGGGCCACGCACCCAAUAGCACGUAGCAUGGGGGGAGGGGAGAGGCGGAGAAGGGGACAUGGCCUAGGGACCUGCGCCCAGCUCUGGGGGACAGCCACGCUCUGCCAGCACAUAGCCCUGGGGGAGGGGAGGAGACGGGGACAUGGCCCAGCCAUGCCCAGGGACCUGCCACCCCCAUGAAGGGGACACACUGACCAGGCACCAGGGGAGCUCAGCUGUCAGCCCUUGGGAAGCCGGGGCCUGGUAGAGGAGACUCUCUCAUGCUCCAUUAUCCCCUGGAGCAGGGCAGAGGCUCAGUAGGGGGCGCUGUCCCCUAGCAGUCAGGGCUCAGCAGGGGGCGCUCUCCGCUCACAGUGCUGCCCCCGUGCCCUGUGCUGUGGGCUCAGCAGGGGGGCUCUUGCAUGUCUGCCCAGUGGGUGCCAAAGGGUUAAAAAGCUGCUCCUGGGGCAGAGCAGGGACAGGAGGGGGGUGUCACAUGGCUGGGGGGCAGGACCUGGGCGAUCAGGAUCAAAACCAGACCAACGGAGGCUCCACAAAGAAGAAGAGUUGGGCUUUGGUGGGACUCAGGAGCUCCCAGCUGGGACUGAAAGAGAUGGAGACAGGAUCCAGUUUUGGCUCUUCAGCAGCUCGGCUGGGUGGGGCCCUGGCCUGUGUCUUCACCUUCACUUCUCUCUGCGGCCCCAGGGACCUCCCAGGCCGGGUUCCCGGGGACCAAUAAACCGUGUGCUGUGUGAAAAAGGCUUUGGGAUGUCACUGCAAACACUGGCUGGGGGUCACUGGUCCCCACAGAGCAGCCAGGUCUCUCCAGGAGUCUGGCUCAGUGCAACGUGCCGGGCAGAGCUCGUGGGGUGAAGCAGGAGGGCCGGAGCCAUGUGCUUGGGCCUGGAGGAAGAGAGAGUCCCCUUGGGGGGCUGGCACGUCACAGGGUUCCUCCAAGGACUGGUUUAAAAGCUGGGGCGUAGCACUGAUCCUGGGGAGCCACGACAGGGAGCAGCGCUGUGGGUCCCAGCCGGGGGCACCAGGCCAGUGUGGGGUGUCUCCUUCACAGCCAGAACCAACAGCAGAGAAGGGCGGGCACAUCUGCAGAUGUGGGGUAGAGGCAGCCCUGCCCCCAGCCAGGGAGCAGCCCCACCAGGGCACAAUGCACCUCCCCCCACCCCCCCAGCCAGCCUGCGUUGCCCCAGGACUUUGACUCUCAGACUUGCACAGUCUCCAUUUCCCAAGAUUGAAUCGUUAUUUAAAGAACUAUAGAAAUCACCACUCCCAUCAUUCAGUGCAUCUGGCCCAGCCUCUGGCCCGGCCCCGGGCCCCUCGCCCAGCUCCGGCCUCAGCGGAACCGCGUCUCCUCCCACACGUACAGCUUCCCCGCAGGCACCUUCCGGAAAAACAGGCUGUUGCCUCGGCUCAUGUUCCCCUGCACGGAGAGGAGAGGAGACGGCUGUCAGGGUGCCCUGCCCUGCCCUGCCUUGGGCAGCUUCCCUCUGCCUGUCACCCAGGCCCCAGUCUGCCAAGCCCUCCCCCCCG